GCAUCUGAUUGGACACCGCGUCUGAACCCCGACACUUCCUUCUACGCUCCACAUCUCGUGCACUCACUUCAUAUUGAUACAUUACCCGAUAAUGCGUUGAGACGUCCUUUCUUUGUCGCCGUGCACCCGGCUCACACUGGUCCACUGGCGUUGACUCCAUACAAAAUCACAGCCUGACGAGACCGUGUUCCAUACUGAGGCGAUAUCUGAGAAAGCCAUUAAUUCGCUUCAAGGGCAGACAGCUCAAUACAACAGUCGCUUGAGCGAUUCAGUGAUUUCGUCUUACGCUACUCCUGCAUCACAGCCGCCCGUCAUGUCUUCUAGUUACUGGGAGUCAACCCAGCGAAAGUUCUGGACUUUUACAAAGCAAGAGCUAGCGCUUGAACGAAAGAGAAUGGAAGAUGCAGAAAGAAAUCUGGUCAACCUAUAUCCCUUGCCAGAUCGAAGGCAUCUCAGCAUCUACUUUUCGCACCAAUUGUCAAAAAUGGCAAGACCGCUGGGAAUUCGACAGCAAGCUCUCGCUACUGCUCAAGUAUACGUCCGACGAUUUUAUGCCAAAGUAGAGAUCCGAAGGACAAAUCCAGCGCUCGUGCUGGCAACAGCAUUGUACCUAGCGUGUAAGAUGGAGGAAUGCCCCCAGCACAUUAGAAUGGUACUGGCAGAAGCACGACAUUGCUGGGCUCCAGACACAUCAUUCAACGACGUCUCUAAGAUUGGCGAAUGCGAAUUCACGCUCAUCUCCGAGAUGAACUCGCAACUAAUUCUCCACCACCCAUACCGCAGCCUCGCGGAACUGCAGACCCAGUUCCAGCUGACGCAAGAAGAGAAUGCUUUAGCAUGGUCUAUCAUCAACGAUCACUACCUCACAGAUCUCCCUCUCCUUCACGCACCACAUGUCAUUGCCAUCACGGCGAUGUUCUUGGCAGUCGUUCUGAAGCCCAUCGGCUCACAGGUGAAUGCAGCCGGGAUGAACAACGCGCUCCAGACGCUGGGAAACGCUCGCGGUGGACAGGGCAUGCAGGCGAGGAUACAGAAACUCGUCGACUGGCUUGCUGAGAGCAGUGUGGAUAUCGAGGCUGUGGUUGAGUGCACGCAGGAGUUGAUAUCAUUGUAUGAAGUCUGGGAGACGUAUACAGAUAAGACGUGCAAAGACCAGAUUGCGAAGUUUGUCAAGGCAAGGGGUUUGGACAAGUAG